AUGACGACCCGCGAAGUUGCCGCUCUCAUCUCCCAAUCGCAUCCUGUUCCAUCUUGCCCGGGCCCAGUCACAAGCGCGACAGAAGAGCCGCCGCAGAGCCUACUCGCGAAGCAACGCAAUCUCACGCCGACGAGCACCGAUCCGACGAACGAGCAGAACGCGGCGCCCGUGGAAGAUGCAGACAAGGAGCUCCUUGUGGAAAGAGUUAACAACACGGGUGCUCAGACACCAUCAUCGCUCGCCGCACAGAUUGAACGGGAACAACAACAAAAGUCUUCCACCUAA